GAUGUCGGAUGAUGGAAAACAUUGAAAAUGCUAUGGUAACCCACACACCUAGCAACCAGAAUCGCGCAGAUUCAAGAAAGGACCAAGGAUAUGGCUUGGCAUCAUAUAUCGACCCACUACAACCCGUCUGACAUAUUAUCCAGAGGAUGUACUCCGCUCGAACUUUUGGAUUCGACGCUGUGGCGUGAGGGCCCACCAUUCCUGCGGACAGACGAAGCUUGCUGGCCGCCUCAUACGCCUACUCUAGUAGAUGUGCCUGAACGCCGCCGCCUCGCGCUGGUGCUGACGCAAAGCCAGGAUAUUUCGUAUGGCUGCAAGUUUCAAAAUUGUUUUGGAAAGCUGCAGCGAGUCUUUGGCUACAUACAUCGGUUCCUAAUGCUAAAAGCCAAGGAUGAGCCACGACGGCGAGGACCUCUUACAGUAGACGACAUCAAGGGAGGCACGCAUCUGCUCAUCAAGGGAAUCCAGCUCAUCAACUUUGCUGAGGAGUAUAAGGCCCUGCAAUCCAAAAGGCAGAUUUCCUCAAAAAGCAAGCUGUACUCGCUGCAUCCAAUCUGCGAUGAAUCGGGACUUAUUCGAGUUGGCGGUCGGCUGCAGAAUUCAUUAUUGGAUUAUGGUGCAAAGCACCCAAUUUUGCUUCCCAAGGAUCAUCCAGUCACGUCAGCAACCAUAGCUCACUAUCAUUUGAAAUUUCUUCACUCAGGUCCGCAGAGUUUAUUGGCGGCUUUACGGCAAAGGUUUUGGCCAAUUGGUGGUCGAAAAAUAGUCGCCGCCACUAUCAACAAAUGCAUUCGCUGCUUUCGAUUAAAGCCCAAAUUAGCUGAGCACAUCAUGGCCCCCUUGCCAUCCAACCGCGUGCAGCCAAGUCGACCAUUUGUCACAGUGGGAAUCGAUUUCUGUGGUCCUUUCUACUCCAAGUCUGAAGUCAGAAACCGGCCACCCGUCAAAUGCUAUAUCGCAAUAUUUGUUUGCUUCGCCACUAAAGCCUGCCAUUUGGAGCUGGUGGAGGAUUUGUCUGCGGCUUCAUUCAUCGCUGCCCUCAAGCGCUUCAUAAGCCUAAGGGGCAAGCCUGGCACAAUAUGGUCCGAUAACGCUACAAACUUCGUUGGAGCCAAAAACGAUCUGCUGGAACUGAGGCAACUGUUUCUCGCCGACCCUCAAAACAGCGAUCUUCAGCAGGCCUUCGUUUCCAUCGGGAUCAAAUGGCAAUUUAUUCCCCCUCGUUCGCCUCAUUUCGGCGGCCUAUGGGAGGCUGCCGUCAAAUCUGCAAAAUAUCAUUUUCAUCGGGUCGUUGGCAACACUAUUCUCUCAUUCAAUGAGCUUCGCACUUUAGUUUAUGAAAUUUCAGCGAUACUUAACUCUCGACCGCUCUGUCCAAUUUCAGAAAACCCUAACGAUUUGGAUGUCCUUACACCUGGUCACUUUUUGAUUGGGUCUUCUUUCGCCACAAUCGAGGAGCCCGACAUCACGCACCUCAGCAUCGAUCGGCUGAGCCGCUGGCAACGAGUUUGCCAAAUUCAGCAAAUCAUCUGGCGGAAGUGGAGUACCAGCUACCUCUCGCUUUUACAAGAACGUGGGAAAUGGCGUGCAUCAAGGCCCAACAUCCUACCGCAUAGCAUUGUGGUGCUCAAGGAGGACAACAUCCCUCCGCUUCAAUGGCGUCUUGGCAGAGUGGAGAGCAUUAUCCAUGGAGCUGACGGUGUGGCCCGUGUCGCUGUCAUUCGGACAGCCACCGGCCUAAUAAAAAGGGCUGUUGGCAAAAUAGCUGUUCUACCCCUGGAAACCACCUCAUCUGGCAGCGUGCCGCAUCCAGCGGGGGAGCAUGUCGGGAGCAGAAGCAGCAGAUUUAAUAUUAGCAUGUUUUAAAUCA